UCGCAAUCAGAUUCGCUAUAUAAGCCAGCGUCUACUAGAGAAAAGAUCCGACUGUAAGAGCAACACUCGCAGUGCAAAGACCAACACUGUUGUGCAACUCGACCUUACUUACUUACAUUGCGCUUGCAUUUUGUUUUUUUCGUAGAAUGAAGGACACAACAUUUCACCCAGCGCCACUUUGGCUCACCACGGAUUACCUAGAGCCCAUUCUACGCAAAUACAAACAGGAUGAGGGACUCACCAUCACACAAUUGGACAUAAAGCCAGCGACGGCGAAAGGUGAUAACUACGCCAGUGUGAUGACACGCAUCGGCGUCGAUUUUCUGCUCAGCAACAAGGAAGUCGAACAUGGUUCGUACAUCGUGAAGACUUCACAUGAGGGCGAUCCUGUCACGUCCAGCAUAAUGAGCAAGUACGAUAUCUAUAAAACGGAGAUGCUGAUGUAUGAGCGAAUUUUGCCGAAGCUCAUGGAGUUGCUUAGGCAAAUCGGGGACAAGGACAAACUCUUUGCCGACACCAUUCAUGUGGACUACGAGCAUUCGGCUAUUAUUUUCGAGGACUUGGCGGUGCUGCAAUUCGUCAAUCCUGAUCGGCUUGCUGGUAUGAAUGAGGUGCAAACGAAGUUGACGCUGAAGAAAUUGGCUAAAAUGCACGCCACUGCCGCUGUACUUAAUGAGCGUAUGCCCGGAAUUUUGAAUAAGUUGCAAAGGGGAAUCAUCAACCGCAUCACGUCCGGGUUUUCCCCAUUUUUCGAGGGUGUGGUAGAAGCUUGCGCUGAUUUCGCAGGAAAGUGCGCAGCUUUGGGUCCAUAUUACAAGGACAAGUUGCUCAGGCUCAAGCCGCAUAUUAUGGAAUAUGCAGCGCGUUCUAUUGACCCAAAAGAUGGUCACUUUUUGACGCUCACACAUGGUGACGCCUGGACGAAUAACGUUAUGCUCAGGUAUGAUCCGACGAAGCAAGGCAAAGUGAUCAAGGAUAUCAUGCUGAUCGAUUUUCAAUUCAGCGCGUGGACCUCCCCAGCUGCCGAUCUCCAUUACUUUUUCCACACCUCAUUGCCAUUGGAGUUUAAACUGCAUCGCGAAGACGAGUUCGUGCAAUACUAUCAUGGAAUUUUGGCGGAGACGCUACGGCAACUAAAUUUUGGUGGACAUAUACCCACUUUGCAUGACCUUUGCGUGCAGCUGGAAUCUCGUCGAUUCUACGCUGUCCUCUCGUCACUGACCUGCCAGGCUUUGCUGAUCAAUGACAAAACUGAUGAAGCAGAAUUCAAUGUAUUCAUGGGAGAAGGUGAACGUACACGAAAUUUUCACAACCUACUGUACACCAACAAGCGGACUCAAGAGAGUGCCAUAGCCUUUUUACCCCUCUUUGAUCGGCGAGGCUUACUAGAUGUAACCGAUUAAUGAGCGAAUGUGUGGUUUUGGGUGCUAAACUACGUCUCAGUCAGUAGCGGACGCACGGGGAGCGUAUUAAUAUGGCGCAUAUGUACGUAUAAUAUGGCGUCUAUAUAUUGAAACACCCCCCGUGGGUCCGCCACUGAUAAAUACAGCAAUAUAUUGCUAUUGAGGAACUAAUUUAUAAUUAAUAAAUAGUUUGCGUAUCUACAUAUGAACAUAUUUUGUUGAAUUAUUGAAUGAAAUUUCUUUACAUUUUACGAAAAUAAAAAUAGAAUGAAGAACUCUUUAGCCUGAAAAGACAGAA